AUGCAGCUCACUCAGAUCCUCCUUUCCACCGCCCUCCUCGCCUCCUCGGCCGUCAUGGCCGCCCCGACGGCCGCCAAGUCCAUGAUGGCCGCCGGUCCUCAGUGGACCAUCGAGAACAUGAAGCGCACCUGCAACGGCGCCAACACCAAGUGCACCUGGACCUUCGGCAUUGAAGUCGGUACGGAUGCUGCUACCUCUUGCACCUACGUCGUCCAGGCCACCGAUGCCUCCCAGGCCAAUGGCGGCCCUGUCACCUGUGGUGACUACACCAUCACUUCUGGCUGGAGCGGCCAGUUCGGCCCGGGCAAUGGCUUCACUACCCUCUCCGUCGUCAACGGCCAGACCCGCCAGAUUAUCUGGCCCGCCUACACCGACAGCCAGCUCGCUGCUGGAAAGGUUGUCAAGCCCGACCAGGCCUACACCCCGGCUGCUCUCCCUUAG